AUGCUACGAAAUCCACAGAAACCUACUGGUGAUGAUAUCUGGAAGUCCAAAAUGGAAAAAGUGAAUGCUGAGCUGUUCACUUUGACCUAUGGCUCGCUAGUUGCUCAGCUCAUCAAGGAUUUCGAAGACUAUUCGCAGGUCAAUGUGCAGCUUGAUAAAAUGGGAUAUAAUAUUGGCAUGCGACUUAUUGACGACUACCUUGCCAAAACUGCUUCAGGCAGAUGCACGGAUCUGCGUGACACUGCUGAAGCUAUAUCCAAGAUGGGAUUCAAGAUCUUUCUUGGUAUUUCACCAACUGUAACCAAUUGGUCAUUUGACGCAAAAGAGUUUAGUCUUAUUUUGGAUGAAAAUCCAUUAUCAGAGUUUGUGGAGCUGCCUGAAUCUGCACUUUCUGAGCUUUGGUUUUCAAACAUUUUGUGUGGAGUGCUUCGUGGAGCUCUUGAAAUGGUUCAAAUGCAGGUGGAGGUUUGGUUUGUUAGUGAUGUACUUCGAGGCGAUGAUACCACUGAGAUGCGUGUUAAAUUGGUCAAAUAUCUUGAAGAAGAAGUUCCUGCUGGAGAAGAUUGA